UGGUUCAUAAUGCUCCAAGUACAUCCUUUCUGUGGAAGAUAACAUUCGCAUCUUAAGAAGUGAAGACUUCCCUGCCCCCCCUUAUCCUGGUUUUUACCACCUCGUGUGAGGUGCAUGCAUUUUUGACUCGAAGCCAGUCACUUUGGUGCGAGUUUCCUCACAUCGCAGGGAGCGAGGUUUCCGAGGCUGCUUCUGUAACACUGACUACCUCCUGGAGCAGAGAGCGAGCCUCAAUUCCCUCAAGUGUGAAGCAUUCCGUCUCGCCUCCGUUCUGGAGAGCUGCUGGAGCCCUCGAUCUCAGCGUCAUGGCUGCGGCUGUGCAACACACCGAGCUGGUGUUUGAAUUCGCCAGUAACGGGAUGGAUGAUGUGCACCAGCUUGAAGACCCCAUGUCAUUCCCGGCUGUGAUCGUGGAGCAAGUGCCAAACACUGACUUGUUCUAUUCUAGUCUGGAUUGUGAUGAGACCUCCACCGGAAUGAUGGAUGAUACCUCCUUGGACGUCGUGGAAGAACAUAUCAUUGAGGACAGCAUUGGGCUUUCAGUGGAAGCUUCCUGUCAGAAUGAAGAUGAAACGAUUGAGGCGGCCGAAGCACUUCUCAACAUGGAAUCCCCAAACGCCAUCUUAGAUGAAAAAAGAAUGUUUUCUGGAGUCCAUGGAUUUAUGCAUUCGCUGGAUGACGAUAUCGAGGAGUCCAUUGCUCACAAGCCUGACAGGAUCUCCGAGAUGAUCAGGAACUCUUCGUUUCAGGGGCUGGGUGAGGAUGAAGAUGAGGAUGAGUUGCCCAGAAAGAAUUUACACAAACAGAGGAAAAAGAGAGCGCGUAAGGUGAAGCCUGCUCGGCCAUCGUCUCCCGUCACGACUCCGCACAUCCCCUACAGGAAGAAAAAUAAAGACGGCAAAGGCAACACCAUUUAUCUCUGGGAGUUCCUGCUCGCUCUACUUCAGGAUAAGAACACAUGCCCAAAGUACAUCAAGUGGACACAGAGGGAAAAGGGAAUUUUUAAGCUUGUUGACUCUAAAGCUGUGUCAAAAUUGUGGGGCAAGCACAAAAACAAGCCUGAUAUGAACUACGAAACCAUGGGUCGAGCCCUCAGGUAUUAUUACCAGCGUGGAAUCCUGGCUAAAGUGGAAGGUCAGCGACUGGUGUAUCAGUUUAAGGAGAUGCCCAAAGACCUCAUAGUCAUCGAUGACGAUUCAUCUGAUCACGUCUCUAGCCUGAACCCCGGAACCAAUUUAAUCACCUCGACGGGUCACUUUGCUAAAAACAGAGUUGCCACACGCGGAGUCUUGCAGUCAAACACAACCAAGUUGUCGGUGGUGCCACAGACGGUGAUGAUGCAGACCUUUAAACGGGAAGAAGAUGUGCUGAUGACCCACUCGCCUCUCCGGGGGCAACAGACUCAGUUUGUACAUACAGUGCACGGGUUACAGACAAACCAAGUUCUCCAGCACACGCUGCCAGAGGUUUCGAUAAAUGCACCGACCUCUAUCGCUGUGUCAUCUGCUGCGCACACAAUCAGAACAAUAAGUGUCCCAGCCCAGUGUCCUGUGAUGAUGACGACCUCAGGCACACAGGGUCUCGGUACUCUAAUGCUCCAAUCUGUACCCCUCACCACUGUGCUGGCGGGAACAGAUGCCUUGUGUAACUCGCCUCCCAAAGUCAUUCUGCGUGCCAUUUCAUCUUCCGAAGGAUCAAAGGACGGGCUUGCGAUUCAGGCAACCUUGCCUGCUACGGGUCUGAACGACUCUACCCUGUACGAGACACAGCAGGGCCAGGUGAUUGCCACUAGCCUUUCGUCACCCAAUAUUGGGUAUCCGACUGUGAUCAGCACCGCACCGCACUCGGCCCUCGACACUGUCACCCAAGUAGUCACCCUCAACAGCAGUGGGCAGCCGCUGGUGGCCCAUCGUGCUGGCAGUGUGAUCGCCACGGUGCUCAAACCACCCGAACCUAUUCUGGACCCCUCCGACUACCACACCGUUGUCAGGUCCAAUGCCAACACCUCCAACACCAGGGUAAAAGUGGAAGAACGUGAUAGAGGGUUUGCACUCAGUUCGGACACCGAGCCAAACUAUCAACACCUGCACACUGUGGUGCUCAGCACCCCGAACGGCCUUGGGUCCGAGUUGAAAGCAGAGGCCGUGGACAGGGACUUUGAGAGCACUCUGCGAGCUGGCCACGGCCCCGAGGACUUCAGCUGCACGUUGCCAAAUGGCCUGAAUUGUAUUCUCACACCCGUAGACAAACUGGAAGCCAGCGAAGAGUCUUUAAUGCUGACACUGCAGCCAGGGCACAAAGCAGAUCAGGAAAAAAACCUGCUGGGGACCAAUUUGGAUGAUGGCCUGCCCUUCCUCAAGUUGGAAAACGUCCAGAUGGUCUUGCAUGUGUCGAGCUUGCUCAACCAUCCGAGUACUCUGACGGCUCCCAGCCCGAGUGCCAAAUCCAUUCCCGUGGUGGUCAAAGCAGAGCCAGCAAAUAACAUCAAGCAAGCAUAGCAAGCAAAGCCAUUCCUCAGUACGUUACGCUGGACCCUUUUGUUUGAUCGUACUCGUUUUGGAGGAUUGUACAUAAACUAUUAUUGAUGCAAAGUCUAGGUCACAAUAGUUACCUAUUUAAUACUGUAAUGGGGAUGUUGCUGCACAUUCCAAUUUUAGAAGUGGGGGGUGGGGGGAAAGGGGGAAAUGCUUCUUAUCCGUGCUGUAAUAGUAGUCAAAUUAAAUGAUCGAACUUCGGGAUGAUUUUCAUGUUAUUGGCACAAUGUUGAGAAGUCGCUCUUUUCAUUUCCUCUAUCUCUUCCUUCCCCUCCCCCCCCACCCCUCCGCACUCCGUUUAUUUAAACGGGUACUGAAAAAUAAUUUGGUGGGUCCUCGUGUUAGUCCGUCACUGAGUGAGUCAAGUGACCUGCUCAGGGGUGCUCCGCACAGACAGAGCCUAUUGAGGAGGUUUUUCUCCACAGACAAAUUGACCACAGCGCUGGGGGUCGGUUGGCGGAAGCGUAGCACAGCACGUCACUCUGCAUCAGGGUUCCUUAAGUGGCCUGAUUCAGAGUUUAAGGUUGUGCUUUUUCUUCCUCGAGUUACUUGAAUCCAGUAAAUUCUGUGCAUUUCCAAACAUCGCAGUUUGAAAACAAACCAAAGCUGCCCAGAGUCAAUUGCGUCACUAUUUCACAGUAGUUCCUCCACACACCCACCCACCCACAUGCACACACACACACGCACACAUAGAUAGGUGCUUGGUUUGGGGGCAAUAGAUGGAAUUCUAUCCAUGUCCAUUAUUCAUUCCCCUUUCCCCUCAAAAAUACUUUAAAGGUUGAAUCCUAUUUAGCUAUCCACAGAAUAUAAUUCAGGCAAGGCUUCUGCAUUGUGAAGUCUAGGCCAGCAAAAGUCUAUUUAUCUUUUGUAAAGCAGAGACAGAAAGCCUUAUGUAGAAAGAUUGUUCUCUUAUCAAAAAUUGAACUCAAGUCACCGCUCAUAUUGUUAUUGAAUGUAAUUUUUUUUAAAAAGGUGACUUGUUUCUCCCUCUUCUCCAAAAAAGUCAAUAAUAAACCACAAGAUGAAAAUAAUUUUAUAUCAAUCGUUUAUGCCUUGUAGAAUUUCAGAAUGUUAUAUUUUUCAUAUAUCUAAUAAUGAAGAGAAAAAAAAUUCUUCAGAGAAAAAAAUGUGAAACUGGGAUAUUUUAUAAGAGUGGUGGGAUUUGUUUUGUUUCCCCAACAAAAAAUGUAAAUAUUUAACUUUGAUAUUACAAAAAAAUAUACAUUUUCUGAUAAUGGUAUAUUAUUUUCUCUCGAGCUCUGUGUUUGAAAAGCUUCUGGUUUGUUUUGUCAGUGGAUCUGCCUGUGCUCUCUCUAAUUGUUGUUCCGUUCAGAGACCUGUGUUCACGCAGGAAUCUCCUGAAUAGUCACUUGGUAGAAUGAGUUUUCUUUAAAAAUGAAUAAACCCUUUUAUAUUGCAAAUUC